AUGCAUGUAUACUCUGAGGACGAAGGACUGUUGAUGCACUUUAUCCAAGAUAGCCUGACUGGGGCAUCCUUGGAAUGGUAUAUGAGGUUGGAGAGAACUCACAUCCGAAGUUGGAGAGACCUGGUUGAGGCCUUCAUAAAGCAGUAUCAGUAUAAUGUUGACAUGGCACAAAAUCGCACUCAGUUACAGAAUCUAUCCCAGAAAGCUAAUGAGUCCUUCAAAGAAUAUGCACAGAAAUGGCGCGAGUUGGCGGCUAGAGUCCAGCCACCUAUGUUGGAAAGAGAAAUGAUGGACCUGUUCACCAACACUCUAGAGGGUCAAUACUACUCCGCCUGCUCUGCAUCCUCAAGUUUUGCCGAGUUGGUUAUGAUUGGUGAGCGAAUUGAAAGUGGAAUUAAGGCUGGUAGAAUACAGAAUCCGAGUGCUGCUAGUUCCUCCUCUGGGGCUGGUGGAAAGAAGCCAUAUAAUGGGUUUGCUAAGAAAAGAGAAGGCGAGACCAGUGCCGCUUACUAUGGUCAAGGCAAGGGCCAUGCUUAUCAACAAGUAGCUGCUAUAACCAUACCAAAUGCUCCUUUUCAACAACAUCAGCAACGAGGGUAUGCUCCACGUCAAUAUCAACCGAAAGCACCUGAAAGAGUUUUUGAUCCGAUCCCAAUGACAUACGCACAAGUAUUGCCAUAUCUCCUCGAUUUGAAGUUAGUACAAUUGAGAACUCUAGCCACUCCUGCUAAGUUGCCCGCUAAUUGGGAUGCCAAUGCGAGAUGUGAAUUCCACUUUGGGGCACCUGGACAUAGCAUUGAAAACUGUAAAGCGUUGAAGCAUCAGGUUCAAAAUCUUCUGGACUCCAAGGCCAUUGAGUUUACUCCUACUCAAGGACCUAAUGUUGUUCAGAAUCCUAUGCCUCCCCAUGGAACCCAUGCGGCAAAUGCUAUUGAGGUUGUUGAAGAUGCUCACCUGGUCAAGGAUGUGAUUGAAUUGGGUUCAUUGUUGCCAUUAUUGAAGAAGGAGUUGCUGAGAAUGGGUCUAUACGCUGGUUGUGGAGAGUUCUGUACUGAUUGCAUGGUCACUCCCUCAGUUUGUGAUAAGGUGAAAGGUGGGAUUCAACAGUUGAUGGAUAGUGGGUACCUAGAGUUUGAGCAUGUGCGACGUCCUGAAAUGGUUGAAAGCGAAGUUAAUGUGGCAUCCAUCCCGUAUACUCCUACCAAGAUUCCAAUUCCUGCCAGAGCACCUCCUUUGGUUAUCACACUUCCUGGUCCUGUCCCAUAUACUAGUGAAAGAGCAAUCCCAUGGAAUUAUGGGGGAGAAGUUUUCUACCAAGGGGCCAAGUAUGAGGUCAAAGCGCCGGUGGAGAAAGAGGAUGUUGAUAAUGUUGUGGGCAUUGGAAGAAUGAUGAGAAGUGGUCGUAUUUUCAAUCCUCCCCAGAAUACUCGCGAUGACAAUGCAGAAGCUCUAGCUGAAGCAAAAGGGAAAAAAAUGGUAGAAGAUACAGUGGAUCGGGGGCAAAACUCUAAUUCUGAAGAUACUGUGGCCAAGGAGAUGGAAGAGUUCUUAAAGAUCAUCAAGAAAAAGAUCUCAGUGAAUCAACUUGAAGGGGUGGUGUCAAACAUCAAUGCAGGUAAUGGAUUGGGAUUCACCGAUGCGGAUUUGCCCUCCGAAGGUAGAAACCACAAUAAAGCGUUGCAUAUAUCAGUGGAAUGUAAAGGGACUAUGUUAUCAUGUGUUAUCGUGGAUAAUGGAUCAUCUUUGAAUGUGUUACCAAAGUCGUCCUUAAUGAGGCUAGACUAG